UUCUUUCCCGGAUGGGACACGUGGAGCAACCCCAUCUCAUCCGUGUUCAUCAUCUCGCCGGAGCAAGCGGCGGCGUUUAUCUUCGAGAUGUAAAGAGAUGGCUAGGGGAAUUGAGAGGAAAGGAAAUGCCGGAAGCCUUCUCAUGGUCUUACAAAAGAAAGUACAAAACAGGGUAUGUUUGGCAAGAUCUGGUGGAUGACGAUCUCAUAACUCCAAUUUCUGACAACGAAUAUGUUCUUCAAGGAUCCCAAAUCAUAUUUCCCUCUACUCUCUUUGAUACUAAAAAAUCAUUAUUCAGAGAAGAAUUGGAACUAAGUGAAGAUUUUUCAUCCAAACUUCAGCAAAGGAAUGCAGAACAAUCUCCACCGUACGAUUCGGAGAGAUCGACGGUGACUGACGAUGGGGAUUCGGUGAAGGUUGAAGAAGAAACAACUAAGAAUUUGGAGAGAAACCCAAAACAGGGGGUGGUAGAAGAAGAAGAAGUAGACGAAAUCGAAGGGUUUAAGACACAAUAUUCUUCUUCUUCUUUGUAUGCAAAAUUGGCGAACAACAAGAAGGAGAAAGAUAAAGAUAAGGAUCUCAUGGGUAAAGAAGGUGGAACCACAGCAACGUCGACAGUCUCGUCAUCAUCCCAACCGGCAUUUACAAAGAGCAAGAGCUACUCAAGCGGAGCUUCUCACGUGUUUCGCCAAUUGAUCACGUGCGGGACCGGGGCAGUAGACACCAACGACACCGUUUUGGUCAAGAACCGAUCUCCUAAAGAUCCGCCAUUGGAGAAGCCCAAAAACGACGCCGUGGUUUGUAGGGACGAAGUGUUGGGCGGCUCCGCCCGGGUUAACGGGAGUUCUUGGGAUUUUGGGAACCUCGAAAUCCGCCGCCAAACUUCUCGGACAAGCGUUGACGAUUUAAGAAAGAAGAGACCAAAGGAAAACGGCAACGGAAAGGUGACUGCGGCCACAACUUACAAGCCAAUGGCAGGGCCAAAUUGCUCGUUAUGUGGGAAGACUUUCAGGCCGGAGAAGAUGCAUUCACACAUGAAAUCAUGUAGAGGAAUCAAGUCUUUGACCAAGAAUAAUCCUGCCACAUCAGACAAAACCACAUUGUCUAAGUCAACUACGACAACUACAUCCGACAAGGAUUUGGUUUCAACUUACAUGUUGACCAACUGAGACUUUUUGCUUCCUCAUCCAAUUCUUAAAAGUCAACUUUUCAAGAGUAUUAUUUUAUGAGAUUUCUCUCCAUUUACAAAUAUGAUGUAAAGCUAGAAGCAAUAUAUAAGUAUAUUAUUGGAAGAGUAGUUUAAUAUUAGAAAGGAUUUUUCGUACAAAA